GGGCGGGAGGGCGCAGGCGCAGUCAGGCUCCGGCCGCUACCGGAGCGUCAACAAGGCGCUGAGGGGAGAAAAGAGAGGGAUGAGGAGGAGGAGGCGGCGGCGGCCGGAGUCGAGCGGAACCCGGAGCUACCAAGGCUGAGCCUUCGUCUUGCCCCCCUCCCCUCCCCUCCCGUUCCGCCGGUCGGUCGUUCGGCCUCCCUCGCCCUCCUCGUCGUCCUCCUCCUCUUCCUCGCUGCCGCCCUCGGAGGGAGCGCCAUGAACCUGGCCAGCCAGAGCGGGGAGGCCGGCGCUGGCCAACUGCUCUUCGCCAACUUCGAGAGAGAGAGAGAGAGAGAGGAUGGGUCCUUAGCUGUUGGCAGUAGGUCUGGUUACAAAUUCUUCUCCCUUUCAUCGGUGGAUAAGCUGGAGCAGAUCUACGAAUGCACUGACACAGAAGACGUCUGCAUUGUGGAGAGGCUCUUUUCCAGUAGCUUGGUAGCCAUUGUGAGCCUUAAAGCCCCCCGCAAGCUGAAAGUGUGUCAUUUCAAGAAGGGGACGGAGAUCUGCAACUACAGCUAUUCCAAUACAAUCUUAGCUGUUAAACUCAACCGGCAGAGAUUGAUAGUAUGCUUAGAAGAGUCUCUUUACAUACACAACAUACGGGACAUGAAGGUGCUGCAUACAAUCAGGGAGACACCACCGAACCCUGCAGGUUUGUGUUCAUUAUCCAUAAACAAUGACAACUGCUACUUAGCCUAUCCAGGGAGCGCGACCAUUGGGGAAGUGCAGGUCUUUGACACCAUCAAUCUGAGAGCUGCCAACAUGAUCCCUGCUCACGACAGCCCCCUGGCCGCGCUGGCAUUCGACGCCAGCGGCACAAAACUGGCCACAGCCUCCGAAAAGGGGACCGUGAUCCGGGUGUUUUCCAUUCCAGAGGGGCAGAAACUAUUUGAAUUCCGGAGGGGAGUAAAGAGGUGUGUAAGCAUUUCCUCCUUGGCCUUCAGCAUGGAUGGCAUGUUUCUGUCUGCGUCCAGCAACACGGAGACGGUGCACAUUUUCAAACUAGAGACUGUGAAAGAGAAACCUCAGGAGGAGCCCACAACUUGGACGGGUUAUUUCGGGAAGGUCCUGAUGGUCUCCACCAACUACCUGCCCUCCCAGGUCACGGAAAUGUUCAACCAAGGCCGAGCCUUCGCAACCGUCCGCCUCCCCUUCUGCGGGCACAAGAACAUCUGCGCCUUGGCUACGAUUCAGAAGAUUCCCCGGCUGCUAGUUGGAGCAGCCGAUGGAUAUCUCUAUAUGUACAACUUGGAUCCCCAGGAAGGAGGUGAAUGCACACUGAUGAAACAGCACAAACUGGAUGGCAGUAUGGAGCCCGCCAAUGAAAUCCUAGAAUCUGCCUCCCACGACAGGCCGUUGGUAGCACAGACCUACAGCACUGCCCCGACUAAAGGUACUUACGUGCCUUCUUCACCUACAAGACAUGCCUACACAGAAGAGCUGGGCGCAGUUGGUGGAGCUUGUCUGGAAGACGACACCAGCACCUCGCGCUUAGACGAAGACAGUGAGCACCCCCCCAUGAUCCUUCGGACUGACUGAGCUCAGACCCAUGGACUCCCCUCCUGACGCCCAGAGUCCUGGGCCUGGCUUUUCUGAGGAUCCCUGUGUCUAUGCUGCUACAGACGUUGACCUGAGCGAGGGCCUCCGACUCUCAAUACGUUUUCAAACAAAACAUCCUGAACCCACCAAACCCAUUGCGACCGUAGGGCCAAUUCCAGUGCCGUUCAAGAUGGAGUGGGGCAGGGAGAGAGACAUGGUUUUGCUUCAGUGGCUUUUAAAUCCUGCUCUCUCCUUUAGCUGUGAGGAUAUAUAUAUAUGUACAUACAUACACAUACAUACACAUAUAUAUAUUGUCGUUACUGUUGCCAAAAUGCUCUGUUUGUGCAACCUCCAGCACCUUCUGGCUUUGCAUGCUUUCUUGUGCCAAGCAAACGGAUCCGUUUUAUAACAAGAAUUUGCAACGAGGGAGGGGGCGUUCCCCUUAAAACGACAAAUGCAUACACACAGGACUUGGCAUCGGUGAGGGAAGAACCACAAAAUUGUGUUCUGUGGAUGCUUUCCCUUGUUCUCUUUGAACAACAAAAAAAAAAUUGAAGUGGUUUCUUACGCAUGGGCUUGCGCCUGGUGACUUGACUUUGGGUUCUGUCUCCUGCCACCCCCUCCUCACAGCCUAUUUUUCUCAUCUACCCUGAAAUCUACCCCAUUUUCAUCUCUCUCUCUCUGUCUCUUCUUGUUUUGUCCUUUCCCCUGGACCAUUUUGUUAAUUAAAACUUUUUCUGAAUGCUGCCUCAUUGCUAUUGUGUUCUCUUAAAGAGGGGUGGGAUGCCUCUUAAGAUUUCACUGCAGCUUUUCCCUGGGUGGCAAAAGAGUGACGGAGGCCAAUCCUCACUUUGGUACCGUUGGAGAGCUAAAAAAAAAAAGUCUCAUUUUUCCCGUCUUGCCAGCACGCUUAGGCAGCAGCAACCUCUGGAUGUGAUGAUCAAGCCAGGAAUCCUGGCUCAAGCUACAACGUCAACGAGCAACAUGGUGUUGUUGGAAGGCUUCUUUCUUCCCCUUAAUUCCUUCCUUAAGCUGAAUUCUAACCCUUGCCAGUUUGGGUGCCUUCGAGCAUAAGCUCAGGUUUAGUCAUAAUGUGAAACUGUCCUUCCUUAGCUUGUUGACCUGCUCACUUGAAGGGAGAUUCUGGGGGAACAUGUUUACCAGCAUCAUGGCUUAUUAAGCCAAGAAUCUCGGCUUCUGAAGAGGGCCAACGUGUUUCUACUUAGAAAGUUUUAAAAACUGUAAUAGCAUGUUCCUCCUUCAUCAUUUUUACUAUAUUGCUACCUUCUGCUGAUCUUGUUCUAAUCCUUCCAAAGCUCCCGUCUGUCUUCCUAAUGACUAGAUGGAUCUCUCUUUUUUGGAACCAAUCAGCAAGUGCUCUUGGUUUUUGGAGUGUCUCCUUCGCCUGCACCUCCCGUGACCCCAUGCCAUGUUUUUCCCAACUCCUGCUCCACGUGAUCAGCAGGUGUGCCAAGGAGACACCGCAACACCUUCAUGCAGGAAACCUGGGCCGCUAGGCUGAGUUUCGUACAGAGGGUGCAAUAGAAGCCGGCGGCUGUUUCCUAAGGCCGCUCUGUGUUCUUCGCAAGAGAUCUCCCUGCCCAUAAUCAAAGGCCAGUUGCUCUCUCUCUCUCUCUCUCUCUCUCUCUCUCUCUCUCUCUCUCUCUCUCUCAGCAGUCUUUAGUACUGGAUUGAACCGCAGCAUGCUCUUUUCUAGCUUUUGUUGGGGCUUGGAAAAGUCACUUCUUUGGACCACAGUUCCCAGAAUCCCUCAGCCAGCAUGCUUGGUUGUGGGGUUCGGGGGCCCUCCUAGUCCCAAGACGUCCCUUUCCCAGGCUGUGGCUUUCAUUGCCUGGACCCUCCGCCUGCAAGUCCUCUCCUGAUUCCUUCUUGUCCCAGGUCUCCUAAGGUGGCAUCAUCUUCCCAGAAGCUUGAGCAGUGGUUCUGAUGGCACGGGAAAGAUGACCUGAUGCGAGAGCGACCAAUGCUGGGCAAAAAUUGCCACCCUCUUUUUAACAGCUGUAAUGUGCCUUUUGGGUGUUUUUGUUUGUUUGUUUCAUUUUGUUUUUAACCUACAUUUGUUUCAGUGAGAGGAAGAAAAAAAAUUAUGUGUAAACCCUUUGGGUGCGAAACUUCUGUUUUCCAUAGAUUGUUAGCCACUUUUUUAAAAAAAUUAAAUUAUUACUCACUCUC